AUGUCCGGAAGAAUUUCGCCGAAGCCGGCGUUGGCUGCCCUCGAUCCCGACUGUCUGAGACAGACCCUUGAUAAGGUGGACAAAUGUGUAAGGCGACUGCAAGAGCUCCACCUUGCAGCAAGUAGUGUUAGGAUUACAAGUACCAACUAUGAAGGAUCUUCUCAAGAACUCCCAACCAUCACAGAACCAUGGUUUGAAAUGUCGAAGCCGGCGAUGCUACUGAGAGAAGCCUUGGGAGAAAUCACACUCGCUAGUCGAUCAAUGAGAAAAUUCGUAGAAUCCACAUCCUUAUAUUCGGCGAAAAAAUCCAAAAGCAUCCCAAGAACUCCCCCAUCCGCAAAGCAAACAGAGAAUCAAAAUCAACAAAGAUAUGCGGAGAAACCGGUUUCUUUGCAAAAAUUACGAUUUUCAGAUUUUGACAAAGAAAAUUUUAGGUACAAAGCCAACCAAGUGUCCCCGAGGAAUAGGCCGUGGGCUAAGAAGGCGGUAUUGUUUCCAAAUCCCUUGUUUGAUGCUUCGCCAAUGAAGACGAGCCAAAAAAUUGUUGGGAAAAAAUCUUCGAUGAUUUCAAAGAAUGCGCAAAGGAUGUUUCGCCUCAAUGGUUCGGACCAAAGCGCCAAAAUGAAGAGCAAGAAAGUAACACUUGUUUCCGCCGUCAAAAUCAGGUAA